CCCUCCUGUCUCUCUCCUGUCCGCUCUGGAAGCGCAAUUCCUCCGAUUAUAGAAUGACAUCCUCUCAAUUUCUUAACCCACUUGUCUGCUCCAAAAGGGACAAAGCAAGCCGACAAACUCCCACGCAUCUUUGCUGAAACCGAAACGUCAACCUCAAUUUCCCACUCUGUUUCAUCGCCCACCCGGCUUUCAGUUUCUUUAACUUCGAAUCGCGUUUGAGUUCCAGAGCCAUUCUUCUUCCAUAUGGGGCUCGCUCACUUGCUGCUGUUGUCGCUCUCUCUCUUCCGCGUCUGUGGGUCGUGCGCUGCGGAGCUCAAAUCCGAGCCCCAGCUCAGGCCUUUGACCCAAGACUUGCUGGAAUCGGCCAAGGACCCGGAGUUCUUCCGGUGGAUGCGGGACAUCAGGAGGAGGAUCCACGAGUACCCGGAGCUCGGGUUCGAGGAGCACCGGACGAGCCAGCUCAUUAGGGACGAGCUCGAUUCGCUUGGGAUCAAGUACAAGUGGCCCGUCGCCAAAACUGGCGUCGUCGCUUUCAUGGGGUCUGGAGAGAAGCCGGUGUUCGCUCUCAGAGCCGACAUGGAUGCUCUACCAUUGCAGGAACUAGUGGAGUGGGAGCACAAAAGCAAGAUUGAUGGGAAAAUGCAUGCCUGCGGCCAUGAUACCCAUGUGGCUAUGCUCCUCGGGGCAGCUAAAUUGCUCAAAGAGAGGGAACAUACGAUCAAGGGAACUGUAAAGCUUGUAUUCCAGCCUGGAGAAGAAGGUUACUCGGGUGCUUAUUACAUGUUGCAAGAUGGAGUUCUCGAUGACCUUGAUGGAAUCCUCAGCAUCCACGUCUUGCCUACUGUGCCGACAGGGUUCCUAGCUUCCAGGCCUGGCCCGAUGCUUGCAGGUGCUGGGGUAUUUUCGGCUACUAUUCAGGGGAAAGGCGGGCACGCAGCACUUCCACAUCACAAUAUAGACCCCAUUGUUGCAGCUUCAUCUGCAAUCCUCAGUCUUCAGCAAAUUGUAUCAAGAGAGACCGAUCCUCUUGAGGGAAAGGUGGUGACGGUCGGGUACAUCGAAGGAGGCCAUACCGCUAAUGUGAUUCCUGAGUCUGUCAAAUUUGCGGGAACCUUCAGAAGUUUGAGUUCCAGUGGUCUCUUAUCCCUUCAGAAGAGGAUAAAAGAGGUGAUAGAAAUGCAAGCGGCUGUUCACAGAUGUAAAGCUGUGGUGGACUUCGGAGAGGAUGGAGUGCCUCUUUACCCUGUGAUGGCUAAUGAUGAAGUCCUAUAUGAACACACGAAAAAGGUUGGAGAGAUCCUGCUCGGUGAAGGCAAAGUGCAACUUAUGCCAGUGACAAUGGGAUCUGAGGACUUCAGCUUCUUUGCCGAGAAGACUGCUUCUUUGAUUUUUGUGGUGGGGAUACAGAAUGAGACUCUGAAAUCGCAUCAUGUGCUGCACUCGCCGUACUUCUUUGUCGAUGAGGAGGCUUUACCCAUUGGAGUGGCUCUUCAUUCAGCUGUUGCGAUAUCGUAUUUGGAUGAGCACGCAGAUGCCAAAAGUGUGUCCUAACUAUGGCUACCUUAAGCCUCAACCUGUGUAAUAUAGUUUUAAAGGGUAACCCUUAACAUCUCUGGCCAGUGUAUUUGACCAGAGCUUCCCUCAUUCGCUAGCCAGUCUGCAGGUUUUUUGCCUUUACAAAAGGCGCGGGAUCUUGAUCUCCCUAUCGCCUUGAAUUAACAGAUAUGUGUAUAUCAAUAAGCAGUAGAGUAUUGCAUUCGCAAGAAUUUUCUUUGACUUGCUUUCGCAA